CCGGGUUGGUCUCGUACCCAUCCGAUGGGAGGAAGUUGCACCCUACCACCGCACUUAGGGAGGAGUGCGGUGGUAAAAGGGUGCGACGUCCUCCCAUCGGAUGGGUACCAGCCCGGGUCAGUUUGGCCUCGGGUUCCCUGAGUACGGGCUUUAUCCGGCUCAAUACCGAUUCCGGACCAUCCGAGUUACCGCCUCCUUGCGCGCGAGCGUGGCGGGAUUUAGCCUGCCUUGCUCUCAGGUCCCUGCGUUCAGAGAGGUCGUCGAGCCAUCGCGGCCGAGUGCCCUUGACGUCGCUCUUUCUGUGGUCAUGCUACUUUCUCUACUUCUGUGUCUUCUUUCCUUGAUAGCAUGUGUUCUCUCUCAGGCGCAGAUCCAGACCUUCUGGCCCGCUGCAGCUCCGAUCGCUGUCCGCAGCCCCUACCUGAAUGUGUGGCAGACCGCGAUCUCGACGAACGACUACCCCAUCUCCUGGAAUGGCUCAGUCCUUGGGUGGGUGGGCCUGAUCCGCGUCGAUGGGAGCACGUAUCGGUGGCUCGGAAACAACUUCGACAUGACGGGCUCAGUGGGCGCGGGGUGCAACGUAACCUUCACAGAGGUGACGCCUACUCGGACGAUCCAGACUGUCCAGGCAGGUCCUAUGAACAUGACGCUCACCUUCCUGAGCCCGAUCGAGCCCUCGGACUGGGUGAAGCAGUCGAUGCCGUUCUCGUAUCUCGCUGUUGAGUUUGCGUCGACGGACGGGAAGCAGCAUGAUGUUCAGCUCUACUCCGACAUCAGCGCAGAGUGGGUGUCCGCCAAUAAGGGAUACGUUGCGGAAUGGAGCACCAAUCAGACAGACAACAUGGUCUACCAUGCCAUCAAGCUACAACAGGCAAGGGCUUUCGACGAGGAGUACCAACAAGCCGCCGAUGGCACAGCUUACUAUGCGAUGUCGCUCGGUUAUGGUCAAAGUGUCGGGUGGCAGAGUUGUCAAGACACAGUCUGCUACGAGACAUUUUACGGGUCUGGCGCUCUCAGCAGCAAGAACGACAAUGACACUUUCCGUGCCAUCUCGACUGACCUGCCUGUGUUCGCGUUUUCCGUGGACUUCGGAAGUGUUAGCGGGACACAAUCUCCGGUCGUCUGGACCGUUGGCUACGUUCGCGAUCCAUCUAUCGAGUACACGCUCUUAGAAGACGUGACGACUCUGCGCCCAUACUACACUAGUCAAUACUCCAACGCUCAGGACGUCGUCGAAACAUUCCUUUCCGAUUAUAACGACGCUCUAAGCAGGGCUGAAGCUCUGGAUAGCCAGGUUCAAAGUGCCGCGUCGAAUGUCUCCUCUGGAAGCCAGUACUACAAUAUGCUCUCCCUCGCCGCCCGCCAAACGUUUGGUGCACUCGAUCUGACGACGUCAGGUGGCUCGACGAGGUUCUUCAUGAAAGACAUCGGCUACAGUAGCCGAGUGACUCCCGUCGAGACGCUGUAUGCCGCACUGCCGAUGUUCCUGUACUUCAACGCUUCGAUGGUGAAGCCGUUCCUUCUCCCGCUGUUGGAGCAGCAGAAUACUUCGUAUACUGCUCAGUACGCUGCGAGGGAUAUUGGGACCUCUUACCCUGUCGUGUCAGAACCGAGCGCGGAAGCUAACGAAGGGAUCGAACAAUCGGGCAACAUGCUGAUCAUGGUCUUGGCUCAUGCUACGUAUUCGAGCGACUCGACAUUGCUCCAGGCGUAUUAUUCUCUGCUGAAGACGUGGGCCGACUAUCUUGUCUCGAAUGCGUUGUAUCCUGCAAAUCAAUUAUCCGUGGAUACAGAGAGCACAGCCAGCAAUUCGACCAAUCUUGCUCUCAAGGGCAUCAUCGGUAUUCAAGCCAUGGCAAACAUCAGCGCUGUCCUGGGAAGAGACGAGGAUGCACAACACUACUCCUCGGUUGCAACACAGUACACCGAAACUUGGAGAACGCUGGCUAUGCCGUCAGACUCAACGCAUAUCAUACCGACAUACGGGGACGCGUCGUCGGCUUGGUCGCUGUCAUACAACAUGUAUGCCCACACGCUCCUCAGCUUGAACCUGUUAGACGAAAAGAUCUUCACGGGCGUCACGACCUAUUACCAAGGACUGUUUCAAUCCGGUGCCAACUAUACUUACGGUCUACCGCUCGAUAGCGACCAUGAUACUCUCGGUAGUCCAGCGUGGAUGUCAUUGACCGCAGCGGCUCUCACGGAUACAGGUGUUCGCCAGCAGAUGCUGAGUCAUCUGUGGGAGUUCGCUUCGUCGAGCGUCACUUCGGCGCCAUUUGCGAGUAGGUACAGCGUCUCCAAUGGGAGUUACAUUGGCGGCACUGCAAGUCCCGCUCAGGGUGCCUUGUUUGCUCCUCUGGUGUUGAGUGGCAACCGUCUGAACGGGUCGCAAGGGCCGCCCUCAACGGGUUCAUCUUCGGAUUCAUCGGGAAAACAUCGUACACUCGUCGCAGCGAUCGUAGGGGGCGUUGUGGGCGGGGUUGUUGGCCUCAUAUUAAUUGCCCUGGGAGCUUUAUUCUUCUACCGAAGACGCCGCGUACGGACUACCGCGAUCGAGCCGUACCCCUCUCCGGUACUUCCGGAGAAGGACGUAGACGCUACAGCUUCGCCCAGCCGGCUUCUCUUGCUGCGCAAGCAUUCGAGUCCAGCAUCUGUAACGGGGAACACAUCGUUCAUCGGUGGCACUCCGUCCUCCAUCUCGGCUCCGAUGGUUACACAGAACGCACCUGCCUCCGUCAUCGUCCUCGGCAAUCCGCCGUCGGUCAUAUCGUCUGAUACAGCGACGAGUUCAGCGCCCGCAAGAAGCGUUCCGGCACCUGCUCUGGCCUCGCCGCCUACUCCAACGGUGUAUGACCGGUCAGCGCCAACCGGCUUCGCGCCGCUUUCUUCGAGUUCGUCUCGACCCUCCGAGCCGCUGGGAGCUGCAGGCUCGGUUACCGUAUCGUCGCCGUUGCCCAGCGCGAGCACUGGCAGGGAAGACCCCGAGAUCCAAUCACCAGACGCUGCUCCCAAGCUCAGUCAGGAUCGGGACGCGGAACUGGCGAGCCUGCGCAACGAUAUGCAGCAACUUCGUCAAGAACUGCGUCGGGUGGUGCCUGUUCUGGAGCGGCUGGAGGAGCCUCCGCCGGACUACUGGUCGCAAUAGCCACGUAGAUGGUCUUUUACAGGAUGGGGUAGAGUUUGCAAUGUUAUUGCUAGUGAUUGAAUUCUGCUAGUGAGUAGCGCGCUUUCGGGUUCUCUAGCCGUCGUUGUGGUACAACUUCAAAUAUCUCGUUAUUGGUGUAUAUAUUGCAUCCCCUUUAGAAUCGCAUGAUCUAGGUACAACAUGAAAGCGCCUAUGAGCUUGG